UCAAGCGCACCCGUCGUAUCCCAGCAUGCAGUAGGAGGCCGUAGAGAUCCAGCAGCUGGUAGUGAGCCGCCAGAGCGCCGAGCAGGCAGCCGCCGACGGUCAGCGCCGCGCACCGCUCCGACUCCAUGUGACAUCCACCGAGCCGUCUAAGCUCACAGGCGACCGAGAAAUAUGCUGUUCGGGUGCCUGGCAUAUCUCCACAGCGGCUUUUGAGUCUCACCAAGUCAUUCGGUUUUCAUUUUGGAGGAUUCCUCCCUCCAUCCUCCGGAUCAUACCGAACAGGCAAUGACAACGGUCUCAGCAACCCCGCAGCAGAUGAGGGACCGGCUGCUGCAGGCCAUCGACAGUCAGAGCAAUAUUUGCAAUAUGGUGGUUGUAUUAGAAGUAAUUACCUACCUGGAAAAGUACCCUAUCACCAAAGAAGCACUUGAGGAAACUCGUUUAGGAAAAUUGAUCAAUGAUGUGAGAAAGAAAACUAAGGAUGAAGACCUUGCUAAGCGUGCUAAGAAACUUUUACGGAACUGGCAGAAGUUGAUUGAACCAGGGCCAGCUGAGACGCUAUCGCGUGGACUGGCUGUGAGUGUCCCUGGGUCUACCAACGGUGGUUCUCACCCCUGCAGAACAGAUGCCUGUCCACCUGACAUUUCUGUAUCGGGCAAGGGUGUCCCUGAAGUCAAAAUCAGAAAUGAUGUUCAUAACACAUACUCGCCUAAAGCUGAGAAAUCGAGCAGUCGCAAGCGACGAGCAGAGAACAGAGACAGCGGAGUGCACUUACCAGAAAAAAUCUCAAAAACAUCUCCAUAUGAUAACUCUGUCUCACCGCCACCCACCAAUGGGAUUGCAGGCAGUCCUGAUGGUCUGCCUGACCAGGAGGUUGUCCCCUCUCCUGACAGGUCUCGGACAGAACAUCUUGAGAAUGAUAAACACAACAGAAUCCCAGUCAAUGCUGUCAAGCCUCGUCCCAGCUCCCCUGGAGUGGCGAAACUACCUAGCACUUCCUCUUUGAUCAAAGUUGCUGUGAUGCAGCAACAGGCCAGAAUGGAUGAAGGUGGAGGUGGUGGUGUUGUAGGAAGUGGGUAUUACCAAGCCAAAAGUCCCCGCGGCCUCACUACCAGUCCCAGGAGUGUGAAACAAGAUACAAUGACCAAGCGCUCCGCGGCUUAUGCACCGAAAGGAACAUCUAUCCCAAGCCCACCCUCUAGGGACUCCCCUUUGCCUUUGUCCCAGCCUUUAACCUCCCCAGCCCAAGCAUCUUAUAGUGACAGGCUGCCAGCUUCUUCUCAUAGGUCUUCAAUGCACUGGGCCAGUUUGUCAGAAGUCCCCUCUCACUGCCCCCCACAUGACACAGCUUCAACACUGGAAUCCCCAUCAGUCUCCCCUCCCUCUGCCCACCCCCAGCUCUCCCAACACAACUCAGAACUUCUCAGACCUUCACCUGAGGUGGCCAUGGCCAUCUCCGAUGAUGCAGAGGGGUCAAUGAUCUCAGCCUCAGAGCGAAAGAGGAGGAAGAAGUACAGGUCAAGAGACUACUCUGUCAACUUAGAUGGCCAGAAAAUAGAGGACUCGACUAAGCCUGUACGAUUAAAAGAACGUAGGAUAACUUUUGAUCCUGUGACCGGUCAGAUCAAGCCCCUGGUACAUAAAGAAUCCUGUCAGACAGAGGAGGCCCCCACACCUGACCCAGCUGAGUCCAGGCAGAGGACUGAAGCCUCUGUACAGCCCACUGCCCCAGUCCCCACCUCUAACCCUUUCCAACAGACAAAUUGGAAAGAGCUGUCUAGGAACGAAAUCAUCCAGUCAUACUUGAACCUUCAGAGCAACGUGCUCACCUCCUCAGGGGUCCAGGCCCCCAGUGCACACUUUUUCAUGUCAGAGUAUCUGAAACGGGAGGAGCAUGACAUGAAGGAGGCAAAAAAGACACACGUUCUGCAGACGGACAGCUCAGUUGGGGAAUUACCAGGCGUGAGCCGAGAGGUGACGGAGGAAGAUCUGAACAGGAUACACACACUGCACUGGCCAGGGGUGAAUGGUUGUUACGACACCAAGGGCGCCUGGUAUGACUGGACAGAGUGUAUAUCCUUGGACCCUCAUGGGGACGAAAGUAAACUGAACAUCCUGCCAUAUGUUUGCCUAGACUGAGGAGAUUGUGAAGGUGGCUGUCCUUUACCACUCCUUUUUUGUCUCUCCAAUGAGACAGGAUACUUUGUGAUUUUGUUUGUCCACUGUGAGUUUGGGGAAGGCCAGGCCUGCUAAACUCCCUCUAUGCCUCUCCCUCUUUAAAUAAUAAUCUAUUGAGAUUUUGGUAUAAAAAGAUUAUAAAAAAGAUAAAAGAAUAAAAUAAUAGUUGAGUUUGUCAAAUUAAGGGCUGUUUCUGUUUUAUUUUUCAAAAUGAAAGCCACAGGAAUGAUGAGGCCCUGUUUGCAGAGUACUGCUACUAACCUGGAAGGCAAAAGGCAGUGGACAGUAUCUUACCGUGCAGCAGUAAAUGGGGUUAUAAUAGGCGUCAGCAGAAUUUUCAGUGUUCUGGUCAAUCUUUCUAGUUGGUUAAAUAUGCCACUGUGCAUGAACCCCUUUUUCUGGCUCACUGGGACAAUGCUGUCCACUCCAUUUUUCCUUCUGGUCACUAACAAUGAAUUACAGUUUAGGUUUCCUAUUUGAGGGAAGGCUUGGGUUUAGCUGUUCUGUCCAGACCGCCAUGUGGGUGCCCAGAAAGGUGUUGAAAGAGUUCAUCUAGCACAGGUUAAGCCAAACAUGCCCAGGAUGUGGAACAGAAUACUGGAGCACAUUUGGCAGUUACAAGAAGCUUUAUGUGAGAUAUAAAGAGUAAAUUAUAAAUUUCUUAUCCUGUAUGCAUCUAUUUAUUUUCACCAUUCAUUUCUGGGGGGUUCAUGAAAACGUUCAAAAAACUGUAGGUCGUAUUUUUUGUUUUUUCUGUUUGCAUCACAAUGUUGUUGGCCUGUUUGCAAUUGCAAAAGAGGCAUACCAUUGUUUUUGCAUGGUCUUUCUUUAAGGUUGGCCAGUGCAUUUGGCCAUCAACAUUCCAUACUCCACCCUUCACCCACUUUCUCUCUCUCUCUCCUACUGUCUUCUUUCUCAUCGCUCCAAUAUGUCCAGCCAUCUCAGUUCUCAAAAAGAAAAAUAGUCAUAUUACUUGGUUUCAAAUGGUUAAAAUCAAAAUUGCUUGGUGCUAAAUCAGUUCUUUUCUCCAAAUUUGUUGAUGAAAAAAAAUCUUGCCACCCACUCACUAAACCUCUCCCAAGUCUAAAAUUUGAAAGAAUGUCAAAUCGGAUGGUGCUGGUGCAUAACUGCAUUUUGAGGACAAAAAGAAAAUGAUUGAAUGCUGAACUCACUUUGUCCAUUCCUUUAGAUAUUGUUUGCCUUCUGGGAUUCCAUCACAAAAACUGAAAACAGCCUUAGUGAAUGUACAGGGUUGAGACCUUGUGUGCACUUGUACAUAAGUUGACAACUUGUUGGUCAUUUCAUUAUUGACUUGAUAAAAGUGUAUAUAGUGAAUGAUGCUCCCACAAGUUCCAAUUUUGUGUACAUAGUUUAUUCAGAUAAACAUCAAAAGUUCUUUUUGAAAUCUUCCAACUAUUUUGUGAGAAUUUAGAAACAUGUAGGAUGGCAUCUGAGGUAGCUACAUUUAUUUUGCUUCCAUGUUUUUAAUAAAACAAGCAUAAAACAGAGAGAGAAAGCUGUGCACAUACGGCAUUCUUUGUUUCCAUAGGACAAAAACAUGACUAAUAUUUGAAGUUCUUUAUUUCCUUUCACUACCACUUUUGCUCACAUACUGUAUGACUUAGUUUAAGAUCAGACUCCAUACAACCUGUGUAUUCAUUCACUCAGUCAUUCAUCCCUACCAAUGUGCCUUGGUAAAUGGUGAAUCUGGAUUUGCUUCCGCAUAAAACAUGCCUGUCCUUGAAGCUAGGUUUAUGUGUGAGAUUUCCAAAUUCCAUGAUCAAUAUAACGCUGGUAUAUGCACCGUUUAUUUUAUUUUAUUAUUAUUAUUUUUUUUUACACUGGUCCAGUGUGGGUAAAGUUGCAGACAAUGAGACACCGCACAAGAAAGCGCACAAUAAAUGAAAGUGCUACAGAUGGCUGAUGAGAAUCUGGUUUCUGGAGUUUUGACUGAGGCAUCUUUAUUUGUUCAGUGUAUAACAACAUCUCUCAAUUGUUUGAAAAAUAAAAUGAUCUAAAUCCUCUGCUCAGCUGA